AAACCUGGGGAAACCACGAGAAACAUCGUAAUGGCGGAAAGGGUAGAGACUGUUGAAGUAUGUGUCGAUACAAGUUGUCUCUCAUCGCCGUGAGUUGAGAUAACGACUGAAACGAACGUUCAAAUUACGCCGUGCCGAGAAUUCUUCUCGGGGACACCAAUCGUUUUGUGAGAUUCGUCAAAUACUCGCCGCCACACAAUGAUGAAUCAUCGCAGACGUAGCAACAAUUUCACAUACGUCAGUUCGUGCGUGAAGUACAUGAUCUUUAUGCUGAAUUUCGUCUUUUGGCUGUUUGGUGGACUGCUAAUCGGCGUAGGUCUCUACGCAUUUGUGGAUAAAUGGCAGGCAACUGGAUCUGUCCGGGUAGAGAAUGUCUAUGAUGUGGUCUUGAACAUUUCUCUGGUGAUGCUGAUAGCUGGCGGAGUAGUCUUUGUCGUUAGUUUUGCAGGAUGCGUAGGAGCCCUUCGUGAAAAUACAUGCCUUCUUAAAUUUUAUUCGCUAUGUCUUUUGGUGUUCUUCCUUUUGGAGAUGGGUGUGGCGAUUGUUGGUUUUGUAUUCCCUCACACAUUGCAGUCUCUUUUGGAAGAGUCGUUCACAGACAAAAUAAUUCAGACGUACAGAGAAGAUCCAGAUCUGCAAAAUUUCAUAGAUUUUGGCCAACAAGAAUUCAAGUGUUGUGGUUUGAGUCAAGAAGGAUAUUUAGAUUGGGGGAAGAAUGAAUAUUUUAAUUGCACCAGCCCUAGCGUAGAACGUUGCGGUGUACCGUUCUCUUGUUGCAUAAACGCUACUGAUAUAUCUAGCGGACUUGUAAAUAUAAUGUGCGGCUACAAAGUCCAGAUGUUACCAGUGUCAGAAGCGAGUAAAAAGGUGUGGACCAGUGGAUGUAUCGAAAUCGUACGUAGCUGGGCGGAACGUAAUCUCUACACUAUAGCUGGCAUUGCUCUAGGCAUUGCGCUCAGCCAGCUCUUUGUGAUCUACCUUGCGAAAACGUUGGAAGCAUCCGUUACCAGAUACAUUCUGCAGCCAACAGGCAGGUGGCCAGCGGCGGGCGAUCGCGCGGUUCGCAGGAUACAGAGACAAAUAUAAACGCGCGAAUGGCAUUGCUCGUCCUUUUCGCGAUCUCUUUAUACAUACUGUGCAUUUUGUCCCUCAUCAAACUCGUCCUUUAUUUCAAGAAUUUCUUUCACAUGUACGUGAGUAAAGGAUAAUACGUCAUCGGCAAUCGACAAGCCUUCUUCGUACACUAAAGGAUGCGCUUGUGAUGAGAGGCAUCGAUAAAAAUCUUGCAUAAAGAUUAUAUAUACAUGCGGGUGCAGAAAUAGUGUCCUGUGCGUUUACAGUGGUAAAAGCUCUUUUUUUUAAUACUCAGGAAAACAUACCUUCUUGCUUAUCUUAUGUAGUUAAUGACUCAUAUAUUUCGCGCAUGCAUCGGCAAGUUAUGUAUCGUGCGAUCAUGUUCUUGUGAAUGUUGCACGGGACACGAUUAAUGCAUUCGUCUAUAUGCGACUGGUAACUCGAAAAUGAGUUAAAGACAAAAGUGAGAGAAAUAUUUAAUUCCAUGAUAAAUUCUGUAAUAGACAUUUCAUAUUACGAUGCGUUACAUUAUAUUGUAUUAUGUUACAUAAUAAUGUUAUAGAAAAAUCGCUGUAUUUCAUGAUAAUGUUCGUUUCUCGAACAUUGUUUCUUCCACGAGCCAAUUUUUUAAUUUGCAUUUUUUUCUUUUUAUUACAAUUUCAAUGUACUUUGUGCAAUAUACAGAGGCAAUUUGCUUAAAUUAAGAUAUUCAGAUCUGAUAUCAUCUUUUCUUUCUAACAUGAGAUAGUUCGUUACAGUGUAUAAUUCCAUCAUUUUCAGCACAUUGAUACAAAGUUGUUUUAAUGGUAAUAUUGAUGUACUAAUAUUAAGGUCCAAUUUUUCAUUAUCUGGUGUGGUUAGACUUAAUCUGAUGUUUUACUCGAGGGGAUUCAUCCAUGACAUCAUCAUUAUAGAUAAAGCCCAGUGGAUAUAGUUAAGUCUAACUAUAAGUUAAGCAGAAAAUGGAAAUAUGGGCCUAACAAGUGACAUAGGAGCUUAUUUCAUAAAUCCUGAAGCACAAUAGGUAUAGUAAGCUUUAAGCCGUAAGAUAUUGACCAAUCACAGUCGAAUCUGAAGAAAAUUAUUGAUUUUUUUUUAUUUGCCUAUUGUAUUUCGGGAUGUCUGUCAUUUCUACUAAUGUAGAUUAAUUUUAAUCUUGGUUUAAUUUACUUUACCUUUUUUAAUAUGUAAAACUAAAAAAAGAUGAAUUAGUUAAACCGGGAUUAAACUACAUUGGUAAAAUCGAGCAGUUCAGAUAACAUCGAUAGUCGUAUACACAUUUUCACACAUAUGUUACUUCCAUUAAAAUAUGUAAGUUAGAACAUAAUGAAUUUGAGAUUAGAUAUGAAUAUCAUCCUUGUAAAUUAAUCUUGAGAAAUUAAUUUGCUCUACU